GGUGAUUUGCUGGCAAAGUGAUUUACAUUUCCCCCUCCCCCUGUUCUCUAAUCUCGACGAGCAGAUAAAUAAACUGAAAGAAGUGAGUACACGUAGUAAGAAAUGCCAACGUCUACAGCAAGACUGCGUCGCCAAGCCUGGGGACCUCCAGUGUUCGUUGGCAGCCGUCCGGCGUCGGGUGGGACAGGUGGGUGGCUGCACCCCAGGUGUGUGUGGUGUUGGCAACAGCUUCAGUGACUGACUCUACUCCACACAACAAACCUUUCUCUUGUCAACACACUUCAAACAACACGAGCGCCAACCAGCUUACGGACGUCUCCACGUCUGUCGUGUCAUCGCUGCUGCUGUCUCGUUUCCCACGUGGUGAGCCUGAGAGUUUGUGAGGAGGUGAGGACGACGUCAGGAUGACCACCAUCAGGUCCUCCGUGCGACCUCGCAGCAGCAAGCAGCCCUGGGGGACGAUCCUCAAGCCGGAGUUCGGCCUGGGCUACCAGAAAAUGACGGAGUACGAGAUCGAGCAGACUGUCCAGCGCCUGUACACAGUGCCCACCAACAAGAAACCCACAUACAUCCGCCACAACAAGCACAUGAAGAGAGAGGACAUCGACGCCAUGCUGGAGAGACUAACCAAAGUAGAGAAAGACAAAAUUCCAGAAAGAGAUCGUCGAGUGAGCUUCGUCAAUCUAUCGGGACAUGGGUGUUCUCUCCUCCUAUGCUUGGAAAGGUUAUAACUGAAACAGCUUCAGAUGAUUACUUUCCCCGCUACACUGAACUGAACUCACGCUGCUGGAACCUUGGAAAGACAAACUGAAAGUGUCGCACCUUGCAGGUGAAAGUAAAUUAACUACAACUUCUGAGAAGUGGGACAAAGGUAAGAUCAACAGACAGACUACCGACGCUGUGAAGCAAGCAUGCUUGUGUUAGCUGAUCAGUCAACACAUUUUUUGUUUGUUUGCGAUGAACGUGUUCCUGCAGGUGUGAUCAAGAAAAUAUUGUGAUCUGCAGAUGAAUAUGUUGCCACAUGUUAUAAGGUACUUAAUAAGAAUGAUGACUACACUGCCGAUCUUUGAAAUAAAACUAAGAUGUGGGUAGAAAUACUCCGAAAGGAAACUCAUGUUUUCAAUUUAGUUUUCUACAUCUGUUUUUGUUUGUCUUCGGAACAAAUGAAACAUGAUUUAAGAUGUCAAUAUAUGUUGUUCCUAAACAAA